UCAAGUCGUCCUUUGGAAGCAUGCAUGGGGUUUAAAGUGGCCCGAGAAGCUCAUCGUGUUAUCCACGUUUAUUAAGGGUCUCGCAUCUAUGCGAUGUAAAGGUGUCAUGGUGAUACUAAGAGAAGGCAUUUGUCCGGGGUUAACGGAGGAAAUCAUCAAGGCUCUACAAGCCGAGGACAUUAGAACAGUUGAGGAUCUUGUCUCAUCUGAUGCAGAGGAACUGGCACAGAAAUGCUCGGUGUCUUACAAGGCCUUGGUGGCUUUUCGGCGGGUGCUCCUGGCUCAGCAUGCAGCGUUUCCAGUGGCAGGCUUAGACCUCUAUGAUGAGCUACUGAGCUCCACUUCCAUCCUGUCCACAGGGAACCCCAGUGUGGAUAAGCUGCUCGACUCUGGUCUGUACACGGGAGAGAUCACAGAGCUGGCUGGAGGUCCAGCAACAGGCAAAACACAAUUGUGUUUCAGUGUAGCUGUCAGCAUAGCACAUGAGCACAAGCAGAACGUCCUGUACAUCUGUACGAAUGGUGGGAUGUGUGCCAGCCGGCUGCUUCAGAUGCUCCAAGCCAGAACUGUAAAGACGGAUGAGCAGACGUACGCUCUUCAGAGGAUCCAGGUGUUCCAAGUGUUUGAUGUGUUCUCCUUACUGUCCUGCCUUCAGCAUCUAAGAGCCGCUGGUCUCCAGAGCAGCACUGUCGCAGGAGGUUCAGUCAAAGCUGUGAUUGUGGAUUCCGUCUCUGCCGUGCUCUCCUGUAUGCUUGGAGGAAAACAGAACGAAGGCAUGUCCUUGAUGAUGCAGGUUGCUGCAGAGCUAAAGAUGAUAGCCAAAGACUUUAAUACAGCUGUUUUGGUGACCAACCAUGUGACAAGAGAUGGUAGAGGUCAGCUGAAGGCAGGGCUGGGCCAGUCAUGGAGUCACGUUCCACGCACACGGCUCCUCCUGCAGCGAGUGGACCGGCCUGGAGCGCCUCACGGACUUCGCACAGCUACUCUGACCAAAUCCUCACGACAGGUUAGUGCUGGGUUGGGCUUCUGUUCCCCCCCCCAGUACUUAACGGACAAUGCUGAAGCUUUGGAAACUGCAGUGAAUACGGCACGUUUGGUGUUAAUGGGUUAUCAUGCAAGUUUAUAUAUGAAACGCAAAUUCUCUACAGCUUUUCAUAGUCUACAAGUUUUAUCUGUCAAAUGAACAGUCACAGAAGUUUGUUCCUUAAAUUGUUGUCUUUAUAGACUUCUCAUCUGAUUUUGCAGAGGUUGUCUCAGUCUAUCUACAUAAAUGUGAAGGUUGCUGUAUGUUCACAACAGCAACUAGCUGAGCACCACUAACUGGUGCAUGUCUUUUUAUGUGGCUGGAGGGAAGGUGUUUCCCCAGCCUGAAGUGCACUACACACCAGACUGGAUGUAAGGGCAGGGAGCUCCCCUGUGUUUUCUUCAUGCAUGUGCUGAGGCGUUUUAGGUGAUAAUGAAGUGCAUCUCAGUUUUAUGAUUGGGUCUCCAGAGCCACAGGGUUCUUUAGCUGAUGCUAGUUGAAUCAACUUGUGUUGAAUCUCAUAUUCUGGGUGAAGGGAAAGACCUUCCUUUUGAAAGUAGGCAAAGCAACUUAUCCAUGCUGAUACAUCCUAUUCUUCAUUAGCUUCCUCUUUUUCUUUCAAAAGGUAAUUCCUGAAAGUGAUGCAUUUGUGUGAGUGGACUCUUCUUCAGCAAGUAAUGUAGCAUUUAAAAGCUUGUGAUUUCAUGUUUCAGCCCCAUAUACAAGGUCUGAUUAGCACAAGGUCAAAUGUUUUUGGGAUCUUCGUGUCACCAAUACCAUACAUAUUUUCUUUUACAGUCAUGCUGGUGAUGCUUAUCAGUUUGGUAAUCAUAAAUAAUUCCAAAUACAUCCAGACCCUGCACACAUUCACAGGACAUAUGGUUAUAAGAAUCUGAGUAUGAAGAGCCAGCAGAAAAACCUGAUUUAAAUCAGAAGUGGCUGUCCGCUUUCAACUCGUGACACAGCAGUGAAACAUGAGAUUUGGCAAAACUAUCCUCCUAAUACUCUGUGAUGAGUUAUGAGAACCUAUCCAUCUUACUCUCGUUCAUCUCUUCUCCUUCGAACAGCCAUGUCACCUGAUGGAGGAGUUCAGCUUGAGCCAGCAGUCUGGAGAAGCACUACAGUCUGGCUUUUCGGGCAAGAGGAAAUUGAAUACGGAAG